AUGAUUCGAUUCAUUUUGAUCCAAAACCGAGCAGGUAAAACUAGAUUAGCAAAGUGGUACAUGAAUUUUGAUGAUGAUGAAAAACAGAAGCUAAUUGAAGAAGUUCACGCUGUUGUUACUGUAAGGGAUGCUAAACAUACAAACUUUGUAGAGUUUAGAAACUUCAAAAUUGUGUACAGGCGUUAUGCUGGAUUAUAUUUCUGCAUUUGUGUGGAUGUCAAUGACAAUAAUCUGUGCUAUUUGGAAGCAAUACACAAUUUUGUUGAAGUACUGAAUGAGUACUUCCAUAAUGUGUGUGAAUUAGAUCUGGUCUUCAAUUUUUAUAAGGUGUACACAGUAGUUGAUGAGAUGUUCCUUGCUGGUGAAAUACGAGAAACAUCACAGACCAAAGUAUUAAAGCAACUGCUUAUGCUCAAUUCUUUAGAGUAA